AGACUUGUCGAAUGCUUGCCGGCGGGGUUCGCCCUGGGAGGACUGUUACCAUUCAUGCACUCGGAAGCCUUCAGAAAAGUUUUCCAAACUUGAGCCUUCACAAGCCCUGCACUCUAAAAAGAACCAGGGAGAUUUCCUCCUUCUUCUGCACAGAGAGCUUGCAGAAAAAAAAAAAAAAAAAAAAAAAAAAGACUGGAUGCAUUGUGAUGAAAAUUUGCACGUGGGGCCAGGUGUCCAGUAAGCGAUUCCCCAGGGAGCUUUAUACCAGAUAGGCACUGUCUGGGCGGAAGACUGGACAUUCAAAGGCAUUUUGCAUGCGUUGCUGUGAAAUUCCUUUUUAUUUCUUUUUUUCUUAAGAGAUAAGAGGCAAUCCCUGGUCUGUUCUUUUACCAAUGCCCCGUGGGUGACAGGCUCUUUCCCAGAAGUUGAACGAGACAACAAUACUCUGGCUGGUCCUUCUCUCCCAAGUCAAGUGGCUUCUCUGGUAAUGGACUGCCUUUUUGUGAGCUUCCACCCUGGUCAGGCUUUCUGAACCUAGCCUGUGAAGCGAGAUAAGAAACAUCCCCCAGGGCAAAAAAAAUGACUGAAGAACCCACAAAAGAGAACCUGGGAGGCCCGAAGUCUCCCACACCUGUGACAAUGGAGAAAAGCCCCAAGAGUGAAGUUGUGGUCACCACGGUCCCCUUGGUCAGUGAGGUUCAGCUGACGGCCGCCACCGGGGGUGCCGAACUCUCUUGCUACCGCUGCAUCAUCCCCUUUGCCGUGGUGGUCUUCAUCACCGGGAUCGUGGUCACCGCUGUAGCUUACAGCUUCAAUUCCCAUGGUUCCGUCAUCUCCAUCUUAGGCCUGGUCCUUCUGUCCUCUGGACUGUUUUUACUAGCCUCCAGCGCGUUGUGCUGGAAGGUGAGACAAAGGAACAAAAAAGUCAAGAGACGCGAGAGUCAGACGGCUCUGGUGGUAAAUCAGAGAAGUUUGUUUGCUUAAGACUGAGUAAGACCAAAAGAGACAUUUCACCCUACCGCCCUACGCUAACUCGGUGACUUCAUUCGUACCGAACCAGCCCAGGAGGGGAUGGGCUCAACUUUGGAAUGAAUUACCAGAAUGAAAAUAGGGCAUAGAGAGGACCGAAAGCGAGGCGUCAAGACGGUUCCCCCUUUGUAGGGAAUAACUCAUCUUCUUUAACGACAAACUUAAUCCUAAGGGCUAUUUCUAAGACAGAAGAAUCAGCUUUCUUUUUAUGUUAAACGUUUGGGGAGCGCGGGAUAUGCACAGCAUUAAAUAACACUUGCUUCACCUUAGAAAGUACUUAAGGAAUGAUGGACAAAUAAUGGACAGGAUGAGAACCCUGGCAAGUGGUGUUCCAGAAACGUUCCACCAAAAACCUACAUAGGCUUGGCAUUCCCAUGUACUUAGGAAAUUCUGUGCUAUAUAUAUAUAUUUUUUCUAAUAAGUUGAUUCUUUACCACCCCUUAAAGAAUUUUCACUCUCAGUAACAAACAGCAUUAGAGGUACUUUAUUUUGAAGAAUAGACUAAUAUUUUUUAUAUUUUAACAAUGGACAAUUGUAGAUGAUUGUAAUGAUACGUCAGAAGGAAACAGAAACGUAGAUGAGAACACAGAUGACGCGGGGACAGUUAAAUUAAUACCGAAAUAAUCCAAUACAGCACCUUCGAUGGCUUUUAUACAAAAGUUCAAUGUGCAUUUCACUCAAAAUAAUACAUGCUCAUGGCUGCUGAAACUUCUUAAA